UAAUGCAUAGCGAUUGCAAUUGAUUAACCCAAGUAUAAUUAAAUCCAGCCCGUUGCAGCCGCAUUACCCCAACGACGUAACAAACGUAACGAAAAGACAUCGGGACAACGACAUCUCGACAAUGGUGUGCUGUGUGCGUGCGUGUGUGUGUGUUUUGUAUCGUGUUGUCUGAUUGUUUCGUGCGUGCCUCUGCCUGCGUGCAGUCGGUCGGUCGGUCGGUUGGUCAGACGGUUGGACAGACGGUCAGACGAAGAGGGUGAUACGGCGAGGAACAGUGGAGCAGUGCAGAGACGGUAGCGGUGGCACCACUGCAGCAGCAACUACAACCACAAAAGCAGCCGCCUAAAAAAGGAGUGCAAGGCAAUCUCUCUUUCUAGAUCUGGAAUUCGCAGAAUAACGCAACGCAACGCUCGACACAAAGACUGCUCGAGACGGCAGCGUGGAUAUCGGGGCGCGGGCCGGACGCGAUCGCGAUCCUAUGUGGCCGAGCGUGAGCCUUUGAUGCGGCCACAGCACAGUCGAUAAGGAACGGCAAUACCGGUAGCAGGAGCAGACAUGCUCCCCAUCAGCGAGGAGCAGAGCCAAAAGCAGCAGCACCACCAGCACCAGCCGAGUCCAGACAACGGUGUGGACGAUGCCGAUGCUCAGGUGGGUGACGGCAGCCUCUGGACAGCCCUGUACGACUACGAUGCCCAGGGCGAAGAUGAGCUGACGCUGCGCCGCGGCCAAAUUGUGGUCGUCCUCUCCACGGACAGCGAGGUCUCCGGCGAUGUGGGCUGGUGGACGGGAAAGAUUGGUGACAAGGUCGGUGUAUUUCCCCGUGAUUUUGUCACGGACGAAGAUCCGCUGCAGCUGAACGUGCCAUCGGCCAUUGGCGACAUCCAACCGCACGAGAUCGAGUACGAGGAGAUGGACAUCAAGGAGGUGAUCGGCUCUGGUGGCUUCUGCAAGGUACAUCGCGGCUUCUACGAUGGCGAGGAGGUGGCCAUCAAGAUCGCCCACCAAACAGGCGACGACGAUAUGCAACGGAUGCGCGACAAUGUACUUCAGGAAGCGAAACUCUUUUGGGCCCUCAAGCACGAGAAUAUCGCCGCCCUGCGCGGCGUCUGCCUCAAGACAAAGCUCUGCCUUGUGAUGGAGUAUGCCCGCGGAGGCAGCCUCAAUCGUAUUCUGGCCGGCAAGAUACCGCCAGACGUUCUGGUCAACUGGGCCAUACAAAUUGCCCGUGGCAUGAACUAUCUGCACAACGAGGCGCCCAUGUCUAUUAUACACCGUGACCUCAAGUCCUCCAAUGUGCUCAUCUACGAGGCCAUUGAGGACAACCACCUGCAGCAGAAGACGCUCAAGAUCACGGACUUUGGACUCGCCCGCGAAAUGUACAACACGCAAAGGAUGAGCGCUGCUGGCACCUAUGCCUGGAUGCCGCCCGAGGUGAUCAGUGUCAGCACGUACUCCAAAUCCUCAGAUGUUUGGAGCUAUGGUGUGCUGCUAUGGGAGCUAAUCACUGGCGAGACCCCGUACAAAGGGUUCGAUCCGUUGUCCGUGGCGUAUGGCGUGGCUGUCAAUACCCUGACAUUGCCGAUACCAAAAACCUGUCCCGAAACCUGGGGAUCUCUCAUGAAGAGCUGCUGGCAAACGGAUCCGCACAAACGACCCGGAUUCAAGGAAAUACUCAAGCAACUGGAGAGCAUUGCCCGCUCCAAGUUCACGUUGACGCCGCAGGAGUCCUUUCACUACAUGCAGGAGUGCUGGAAGAAGGAGAUAGCCGAGGUCCUGCACGAUUUGCGCGAAAAAGAAAAGCGUUUCCAAACCAUCGAAGAGGAACUGCGCAACAAGGAGGAGCAGCUGCUUCAGGUCCAGAACGAGCAGCGCGAGAAGGCGACACUCCUCAAGAUACGGGAACAGAAUCUACGGGAGCGUGAGAUAGAGCUGAUUGGACGGGAAUUGGUCAUGAUGCAGCCAGUACCGAAACGAAAGCCCAAAAAGGGCAAAAAGCAACACAAGCCCCUGCAGAUAUCAUUGCCCACGGAGUUCCGGCACACCAUCACGGCGGUGCGCGACAAGGCAGAGCCGCCUGGCUCACCAUCCUUCUCCGGACUACGACUCGUUGCACUCACCGAUGGGCACAAGGGCAAGACGUGGGGACCCUCGACGAUGCACCAGAGGGAGCGCUCGCUGCUGCCCUCGCAGCUGGGCGGCGGCCAGCCGGAGUGGCCCGCACAGAGCUCCACCCACUCGUCGUUCAGCAAGAGUGCCCCCAAUCUGGACAAGAGCAAACAGCAGCAGCAGGGUCCGGGCCAGGCCAUGCAUCAUCCUUCGUCGGCCUCGGCAUCGUCGACGCCGCCGCUCCAGCAACAGCAGCAGCUGAUCGGGGGAAUGGGCAUGACCGUGGCCGUGGCUGGUGCUGGUGUGGCGACCACGUCGUCCUUCUACGGGGGCGAGGCGGCUGGCAGGGCCACAGGUAUACCAUUGCCAUAUUUUCUAACGCGCCCCAACCACAACAACAACAUCUCCACCACAACCUUCACCACCAACAACAACAACAACAACAACAGCUAUAACUCCGCCAACAACAACAACAACAAUAAUAGUAAUAAUAAUAUUAGUAACCAGAGCAAAACUAAUCCGAUAAUGCUGCCCACAUCCUCCACCGCAUUCUCACCCGCAUCAUCAUCCAUCAUCAUCCACUCGAACGCCUCAUUGCCCCACUCCAACUCCAACUGCAGUCACAGCCACAUCCAGACAAUCCGCAAGAACAGCACCCAGAGCAACAGCAACCACAGUAGCCACAGCCACAGCCACAGCCAAAGCAAAUCUUCAGCCAAAUUCUACCAUCGAGCCAGGAGCCAAGAGUACGGGCUGGACAGUGCCACAACGGCCUACCAACUCCCUACCGCGCCGCUCUUUCUACUAUCGGACGAUAGCUCGGAGACGGACACGGUGACACCCACCACGGGCUGUUUUCAUUUCCUCAAGUCCAGCACCUCCACGGCCGUCGCCGCCAGCAGCAGUGGGGCAGCAGGCAUCGGCUCGGGCGUGAGUCUGAUACGUUUCGGUGGCAGCCUCGGUAACAGUCCAGCGGUGGGCCGGAAAAAGCAUUCGCUGGACAGCAGCCACCCGCAGGCGGCCACUACCAGUCUGGCCCUGCCGCUAGAGGCGAGGGGAGAGAAUAAUACCUACGAUCGGGCCUUCUACCGGCAAUUGGUCAAGAAAAUCAACGCCAGCAGUGAGCGGGUAAACUCCAAGUCGAGCGGAGACCUGACCAUGUACAACUGCACACCGCUGACCACUACCAUGGCGGAUCCCCUGAGCCUGGACUACGACGAUGCAGAGGAGGCCUUCGAGGGCGGGGGCGGACGCUUCCAGCGGAAUCACUCCGUUUCGCAGUUCCCGCGUCAUUGCUUCUUUAAGGAGCCAAACAACAGCCAGCCGCAGGAAAGCUCCAGCGACGAGGACGGGGUAGAGGACGAGAACGAAAACGAGACCGAUGAGCGUGGACUGGAGCAGACGUCGAUGGAUACGUCGUCGGCCUCGAGCCAAGUGCGCCAGAACUCGACCACUUCGCGCAAGAGCUCGGUGACCUUUCAGAGCGUCAGCUUCGAGGAACCUACAUCCACAAGCACAGGCACUGCCAAAGCCGAUCCCUAUGCGUCCAGUGCAUCGAUCAGCUUCUCCACCUCCUCCUCAUCUACGGGCGGCAAUGGAGAUUCGAACGAUGUCAGGCAUGAGCAGGCCAUGGCCAUGGCAACCGGCAGCCAGAACGGCUAUAACAUGCAAGAGAACUCUAUUCUCACCACACGCCGCAUGCAAGACGUCCAGCCCCACCCGGAUGUGAUCAAGAUGAAGCAAAAUCUGCUGGAGCAGGAGCAGCGCCUGCACAUCAAGAACCAAAAGAAGCAGCGACCCAAGCAUAUAACCAAAUCAAAGUCCGUCGAGGCGCCCGCCGAGCCACAGAAAUCUGGCCCCCAGCAUCCGCACCACCAUCACCAUCAUUCCUCCGGCUCCAACAAGAUUCGCUCGUUGAUAAACAUCUUUUCGCGCUCGAAGAAGAAGUACAGCAAGCUGUCGGAGCAUGCCAUGGGCGGGGGCGUUCACAUGGGUAGCACUGAAUUCAGUGCCAUCGAUCCGUACGAGGCUGAUCUGGAGGCGGCCCAGGGCGGCAGUGCCAGUCGCUACCUCAAGCGCAAGAGCAAGAAGCCCCAGACUCAGUCCUGUGAGCAGUUAGAGCGCUGCUGAACCCGAGAGACGAUAGAUGAUAUGAUCUAGAUGUGUUGGUGUUGGUGCUGAAGUUGGACUUCUGGAUCCUGGUUAACCUCGCUGCCUGGUGCACACCCACACCCACACCCACACCCAUACACGAAACACUACCCAUAUCCGCACACAAACGCAUAAAUUGCUCAUUGUUUUAUAUUAAAACCCUAGAAUAAGCCAGAACCCGACUACAUAUCCGAUUGCAUUGAUCCGAAAGACGGACGACAGAUAGAUAGACCUACUCUAAAACAGGAGUAGCAGGAACAUCCCGUUAAGGGGUGGGAUUUGGGGAUCCCUCCUCGAUAGAGUGAUGAUAUCAAAUGGAAUCGGACAAUGAUACGAUAAUUCAACUUACAACCGAAGGCCCUCGAUACGGUUCCUAACGAAAGCAAAGCAAUAUUCAUCCAGAUUAGAGAUGAAGACCAAUCGAUUCGUAAUUAGUCCAGUGAUCUGUGUGAGGUAUUAGAGAAAAAGUUUAAGGAUUGAUUAAGAACAAGAUUAAAUCUAUUAAGGAUUGACCACUAGGAAGGUACGGAUUCACCUUUAAAGGGUGUUUACGAGUAGCACUAUGGAACGAAGGAUUACGAGCAGGAAGCAACUGCAAACGAGUGGCAAUUGAGAAGAAGAAAGAUACAACUGUAAAGGAGUGACGAUUGCACAGACGACGAAAACUGGCAAGGAGGGACUGUUGGGAGAAUGAUUUGCUUGGGGGACUGUUUAACCACGAAUCAGUAACGUAAUGGCGUGAUGGAGGGGAUACUAACACAUCCCAUAAAGAUGCAUGGGACGAUGGCAAAAUAUUUCAAGCUAAACCAAUAUUCAUAGAUGUUUAACGACUUGGAUUAACCUUAAGGAAACAACAUACUAUAUAUGUAUACAACUAUAUUUAUACCGAUGCAUACAUGCCUACCUACACGACUCCGAUGUAGGCGUAUAAAUCCCUACCAUACAUUACAUUACAUACAUCUUAGUUGAACUAAGUUUUAGUCGUACGAA